AUGGAUACAUGUUCCUCUGGAGAGGAUUUGAUCUUAAAGGUUGUAACGUGAUAAAAUCGGAUGACAGUCUUAUUGAUCCAUAUUUUCAUGGUUUAUUAAUAUUGUUAUUCUCACAACGGAGCUUUUACUAUUGUUACCGACAUAGACAAGGAAACCGUACACUAUCACGAAGCAGCGGGAAAAAUGGACUGAGGAGGAACACAGCAGGUUCCUAGAAGCUUUGAAACUCUAUGGGAGAGCUUGGCAACGCAUUGAAGGUUAAAAAUGAUUGAUAAACAUGCUACCUUCUCAGUUCCCACUUUUUUUUUUUAAGAAAAGGGAAAGAAAACGAAAAGCUAGCGUAUUUGCCAAAAAAUAUCUAUUUAGUUUUGAUGGCUGUUUGAAUUUCUGUUGAAAAUAGUGGAUAAUUAAUCAUAAAUGACCUUUUUUUUUAAAUUUUCUUUCUAGGGGAAAUAGGUCUUUUUAAUGGGGAGAGAUUCGGACUUCCGAGAUCCUUGAUGAUAAUCUUACACGUUCAUCUCACGUCUGAGAUACUUCUGAGAUCUAUGUUUCGUUACUCACACGUUCAUCUCUCUCUUUUCUGUAUCUUCUUCUGAAUACCUUACAGAGCAUAUUGGCACUAAGACCGCUGUUCAAAUUAGGAGUCAUGCUCAGAAGUUUUUCUCGAAGGUCUGUACUCGUUUGCUUGACUGGAAUUCUAUCACUUCUACGUUUUCCUUAUAGUUCAUCGGUUCCUGCAAAAAGGAAGCAAAUUUCAGGUUUGUUUAAUUUAUUCGUGUCUAUUUUCGCGGUCUCAUCUAUUGGAUAUCAGUAUUAAGAUGCUCAGAAUUUUUUUUUGAUGACCAAUGUCAUGACAGGGAAGUUUCUCUGAAUAUUUGACUUUGCCAUUAUGUAGCUUUUCCCUUUUAAAAAGAGAUUUUUUAAGCUUCAUUCCUGCUUGUAAGUGCAGGUUGGUAAAAUAUGGAAAAUAAGUCCUCCAGGUCAAAAGUGUACUUAUGAAGUAGAGGUAAUCCUCGUGGAAGUUAGCAAAUUAGGCAUCACUAAUGCAUUGUAUGGCGACAAUUUCAAUUGUUUCUAUACAUCACAAUUAAUUUCGAGUAUCCUAACUACUAUUAUGUAUGAGAUGGGGGCUGGACUUUGAUAAAUUUGUAACCUUUUUGAAGUGGAGUUUCUGCAUAUUUUGUACCUCAUUAUUUAUGAGUCAGCAUAUGAGAAGCUACUUUGUUAGGCAUAAAGUUGAGAAACGAGAGCAAAUUAUUUAGUCCAGUGUGGAAUCAUGACAGGGGCGUCCAUAUGUCCAGUCCAAGGUGCCAAAGUUACGGCAUAAGUUUUGGAUGUAGUGAGAGAAGAUCUAAUAUUGUGUGGUUUGACAAAGGUGAAGCAUUAUGGGGAUAUGAGGAACCUCGUGGGUACUAGUUAAUUGGUAAGGUCUGACUGUGUUUGCUAAUCUUCAUGGUGAAUAUACCUGCUAUAUUCCUUAUCAAAUUCCACAUUGACCAAUUUCAUUCUAUUGUAUGUUAAAAAAUAUAUGGGUAUUUCAUAUCACAUAUUCUUUUAGUUAUUCAAUUUUGAUCCACUUAGUAUCCGUACGAUUUUAAAAGAGAAGGAGAUAUGGAUGAAUUUACAUAUUAAAUUUUGAAUAGAGAACAUGGCUAUCAUGAGGAAAGCUUAAAGGAAAUGCGAUCUCAUAUCAAAAGUGUAGAUGCUCAUGAAGACAGUGGAAUGUUUCUUAGGUAUUGCGGUACCAAGUUGUUGGCUGACAGUUAUAUCCAAGCAAUCAAAUCUAGAAAUUGCCUUAACCCAAAUGUCUGGGAAAAUUUAUACACGGGAUCCAUAUGUCAUUUUGCAAAUGCGGUUAUACUCAAUUCCGAGACCCUUCCCUUUGGAAGCUCCGCCAGCUAUUUACUUCAUUCUUUUCUUUAUGGAAUAAAAUUCUAAUGUUGUUCCGACACAAUUGAGACCUAGACUCCCGUCAUUUCCAUUAUUUUUCUAUUAGAUUUUGGUUUUGUUUCCGAUUUUCUUUCAUUUGGUUUACUUAUUUAAGACAAGAUUAUUUUUGCUUCUCUUUUAACGUUUUUGGGCAGAAAGGACUCAAUUGUUCUUUAAAAAAUUAGCUAAGACAAACUCACUUCGUUGCAGAAUGUAUGAUCAUGUAACUAGUGGGAGAUCCUCAGAGGCUCCCUUCAACUGAAAAUGGUCAUCAUCAAAACAUAUCAUGAAUGACUAGGAUUUCAUUGUCCUUGUCAUCAAAAUAUAUCAUGAGAAGCUACUAAACAGUGCGGUACAAGUUAGUGUGAAGGGCUUCGUUUCUAUCUAUAAUUUUUUUAAGGGUAGUUCUACUGGCGUGGUAAUAAAGUGGGAACAGAAGGAAUAUCAAAUGGAAAGUAGGUUUAGAGAAGGGGGAAUCAUGGUGACAGGAGAAAGAAGGAAACCAAAUGGUUGUAUUGAAGGAGCUUUGUACGAUAAUACCUGAGAAUCUCCUGAUUCAAUUUCUGUGUAUCGAAUAAUAUAUUGGAUGCUUAGAGAUAUUGCAUUGCAUAAAUGGUUGUAUUGAAUGAGAUUACAAUAUAAGUAGGUUCUCCCAGACUCUGGCGACUAACCUCAAGAAUGUUGGAAGUGGAGGGCUCAACUAAAUUCCCGUGGUUGCUGAGGAAUUGUUCCUGGAGUAGGAUGGAAAGAGAAGUCCUUCGAUCUUGUUAGUCUCCCGGUCCCAGAGAGAUCUGGUGCUGACUGGCAACUGGAUAACUGCAUAAAUGUAGUGUAUGCGCAGCAACAGCAACCAAGUGGACUUAGAAGAGUGGGUUAAGAGUAGACGAAAUAAUGAGAGUGGACGCUGACAGGAGUGCUCUAUGUAGGUUUCCUACCUUGGUUUGUCUCCUUAUCCUCGGUCAGCAGUGCGAUGAGUCGAACUUGUAUGUCUCUAGGCAGUUGAAAAGAACAUUUCGUUUUAACCCUGUAUCAAUGAAAUUUUCAUGAUGAAGGGGGUCUCUAUGUGUUCCUGUUUGUCAGAUAUCCCCUCCAUCUGUGAAAUGUGAAAAAUAUUUUGACACAUUAUCUGUUGAAAAUUUUCAGUGAAAGGACUCCAGGAAGGAACUCCCUUCUUUCUAAUGGACCCAGGUAGAAUUGCUCAGGUACUUAAGAUCCCAGAUAGCAUCUACACAAACUAGGGCGGAACAUAUUCAUGGUUUAAGUUUAUCCGUAGUCCUGGAUCUGAUUUUCUCCAAACGAAAUAGGGGAUUUGAGGACAGCUAUUAUUACCAGUUACAACAAGUAAUUGGAAUAUAAAGUUUCUAGAACAGCGUAUCAGUGAGCUGGAAAAGGAGGAAGAGGGGAAAUCCAAGUCAAGGUGUCGAGCUGUCGUAUGUGCACCAAGGAAGUAAGUGCUUUCAACGAGUUUCAACGCUGGACGAAUAUAUCUGGCUUCAAAUGAUCCCAUGACAAUUAUUAAUGGGAAUGCUAGGGUUUUGCAGGAGGAAUACAUUAUAAGUUGAUUUUGUAGCUGGUGCAUGACAGUUGAAGAGAACUCUGAUAGUAUCAGGUAAUGGGCUGAACAAGGCCUAUGAAAUUAAACAAAUGGACGGCACAUAACCUUUUCCUAUUUUCCGGAGAAAUUCUGCGCAAAGUCGAGCAAGAAGCUGUCAAUGGGCUGUUUUGGCCUCGCAGUGACGCUUGGUGUUAUUGCUGGGCCAAAACAGCCUUUUUGUUUUUAAAUUUUACAUGAUCUCAAACAUCACGGGAUACUUACUGUUGGGGGAGUAAUUUUGAAUUAUACAUGUUUAACAGACGUUUGGUCAAAUUUAUUCACAAAUAAAUACUCUGCGACUCGAGCUCUUAGUUGGAGCACUGUUGGAGAUGAGGUGCGAUUGAGUAAUAGUAUCAUAUCCUUUCAUGAAUGGUACCAAGUUUUGAAGACCGUGUGAACAGUCUAUCUAAAUUUGUGCAUUUUGGAGGGAGGAUCGUUCUUUUGCAAGCUUUAAAAUAUAGAGAAUGUGCUCUGCCAAUUAGUCAGAACUGAUGUAGAAGCCUAGAGGGCAGAAGGUCAACAGGGAAGUAGAUGUUGACGACCAUGGUACCAACCCGCUCCAGGAUGGGAACCCACAAACAUCUUUCUUCUUGAUCACUAUUCUUGAUCAACGACAAAAAACCUGACGGCUUUAUGCUUUGGUGAAGAAACAAAAGUUGACGAAUGACUGGACAUUCGGUCUCUUUACAGUCAAACGUUAAAGCAUUCAUUAGCCUUUUGGGUUGGUCUUUUUUUAUUGACUAGUCGUAGCUACGAAUGCUGAGUAGCUGCUCGUCAACACCAUCCGACAUAAGCCGCGACCAAGCAUGCUUGCAGCAAAGAACGUGGUCCUUUCAUAUACCUUGCUUGAUUUUUUCCCCCAUAGAUGCAUGACGUUUGCCAGUGCCUGCAACGGGCAUGCACAUUUUUGCGUGUUUUGUUUCUGAAUCCAUGGAGAUGCAGGCGGGUGAGAUGACCUCCUAGUUUUGAUUUUAUUUGCGCACCCAAACAAUCAACCCAUUAGACAUCAGUCAUGAGAUUGAGUGUACUGCGACGCGCAUAGUAUUGAUUCCUUUUGUUAGUUCACAUGGUGUGGCCUAUGUUAUUUGUCCUUUUUUUUUCUCCUGAAUGAAGAAAUUCACGAGAGGUUUUCAUCGAUGGGUAUGAAGCUUUCAGUUUCUAACGCAAUAUCAACUUCCAGCUAGAAAAGGAAGCGCUGAUCAAAGGCAUCCCCUUGGGACAAGCACAUGGCAUCGAGAUCCCUCCUCCGCGCCCAAAGCGGAAGCCGAACAACCCAUAUCCUCGAAAGACGUCUGCCUGUGUUUCCUCCUCCAGGAAAGGAAAACAAGACAGACGUUCGGCCUCCAGUCCAGUGUGCUCCGAGAAGAAUCUUCUGGACAUGGAGAUCGAUGGGUCUCACGAGGUACGCACCAGUCUGUCUGUCUGUCUAUCUAAUCCCUCAGUCCAACAGGUCUCUUCCCCCCUUCUUUCUGGAUUUCCUCUUCCCUCAAUAUCUCUCUUUUUGUUUUAGUUCUUUCUCCUCUUAAUCUUUUGAUCAGAAGCACACCGGAGAUCAGACAUUGGGAAGGCCAAAAGCGGGAUCUGAUGACAGCAAGUGUUCAGUGGUCCUUUCUCUGUUUCAGGACGCACCAUGCGCUUCCAUCUCCUCUGCAAGCAAGCAUCCUGCAGCAGGCGUGUUUAGGGAAUUCGUUCCCCCGGGGAAGGAAACUAAGACCAAAGUUGGGUACAGUGAGCAGCACCCUCCGCCGGUAGUCCGAGGUCGCGGGGUGCGAGAUGGCACAGACCUGGACAUCGGGGGAUUCGAGGGGCUCAGCAUUGACACGCAGAUUAAACUGGCGCAGGAAAGAUCUAUGUGGCCAAGCCAGCCGCCGAAUCUCUGUGCGUCGCCGAGGAAAGGUCUUCAGGGCAGUAAGAGGCAUCCGGACCAUGCCCCCGUGUAUUCAGUAAGAGGAGAGAAGAACAAACCAGGUUCCUAUGCAACAACCCUUACAUCGCUCUCUAACUUAGCAGGAGCUCAUGCAAAUGCCGGGGGGAGCCCAGCCCCGGCCAUCUCAGGAACGACGGAGCACCAUGGCAGCACGUCAAUAUCCUCUGUUCAUCAGCCGUUCGCUGCAUUCCCUCCCUUCGCUCAGUUCGGCAAGGACGCUCCCAACAUGUCGUCUGCAUUUUCAAGCCUCAUCGUUUCCACCCUGGUGCAGAAUCCUGCGGUCCAUGCAGCGGCCACCGUGGCAGCCUCCUUCUGGCCGACCGCAGAUGCUGAAGCUUCGACGGGUUCGGCUUCAGAGAGCUUCGUUGGGGGGAUCCCCAUGAGACAGAUGAACCCUUCUCCGAGCAUGGCCGCAAUCGCCGCCGCUACGGUCGCAGCGGCGUCGGCGUGGUGGGCGACCCACGGGCUCCUGCCAUUUUGCCCUCCUCCUGCUGCUUUCCACGGCGGCUUCGCAUUCGCUCCGGCGCCGACAAGCGCCAUCCCCAGAACCAAGACCGCCCAUGCAGCGAAAGACGACACCCAGAGGAAGGAAGAUGCCACACCCAGUCAGCCAUGGUCGGGCCCGCGGCCUGUUGAUCUCAGAUCCCCUGCUCCGGACAAGCAACUGUCUCCCCUGUCGUCGUCGGAUUCCGAAGAGAACGGGGAAGCCGGAAGCUCCCCCAUCACGGAGCUGAAAUCCCCUGCAGUGGUAGUGAACCAGCUGAAUCCCGCGCCGGACUCCAGGGAGGUUCGUGAAUCCGACAUUGGAAGAAGCAAGAAGAAAGCCGAUCGCUCCUCCUGCGGUUCCAAUACUCCUUCCAGCAGUGAUGUGGAGACUGACGUCGUGUUGAACCUCGAGAAGGCCAUCCUCCUUCCGGCGAAAGAAACCCAUCUGUGUCAUCCUCCUUCCGGCGGCGACGCCAGCAACCGUAGGCUGAGAGGCGGCGGCAGUGUGGGUGAAUCUUGGAAAGAAGUCUCCCAAGAGGUUAUCACCGGCAGAUCUAUUCCUGAUUACACCACACAACAAUAUGAUUCCACUGCUUUUCUGAUACAUCACUGGUUGUCUAUUCCAGGGUCGGCUUGCCUUCCAAGCACUGUUCUCAAGGGAAGUGCUCCCGCAGAGCUUUUCACCGCCACAUCCCAAGGAAGGGGUUCCGGACAAGCCCAAGGGAGACGCCGCCGACGUGACCGUGGAUCUCAACAGCAAAGUCUGCGCGGCAACCGGCGACGAUCUCGCCCACGUACUUGGUCGGAGCUACCCCGUCCCGAGGGGUGGCAGCACCACGGAGGAAGCUCUUCUCACAGACGAAAUCGGACAAGGCAGGCUGAAGUCACGCAGAACAGGAUUCAAGCCUUAUAAAAGGUGCUCAAUGGAGGCCAAGGACAGUAGGGCGACGCCCGUGGAGAAGAAGGACAACAAGAGAAUACGUCUGGAGGGGGAGGCCUCGACGUGA